AUGAAAACAAAAAAUAGUUUUAUAAAUAAAUGGAUUUUCAUAAUUUUCUCAAAAAUUCCAUCAAUUUUUUGUUCCCAAAAAAAAAAAAUAUUAUAUCAAGAAAUUAUAGAAAAUGUAAAAACAUCCAAAAUAAUUAAUUACCCUAUAGAUAAAAAUUCUGUAAACUUCUAUUUUAUUUCUAAUAAAAUUAGUAAGCUUUUAAAUGUAGCAGAUCAAAUAAUUGAUGAAAAAAAAAAAAAAAUAAUGAAACUGGAAAACUGUUUAAACUUGUAUUAUCUGUUAGUUACAUCUGCAAAACUAAACCCUUCAAUUUUAAAAAAAUAUAUUUUAGAAUAUAUUGAGGAAAGAAUAUCUUGGAUUUUAAAAAAAAAUAAAAAUGUAAAUAUAGAUCAUAAAUUAAUUCCUUAUACUAUACAUAUAAGAAGGGAAAAAUUACUUUGUAAUUUAAUAAAUGAAUUAAAUGUAUACUGUUCUAAUUAUUUAAAAAAAAUUAAUAAUAUUAAAACACGAUAUUUAGUAAUAGAUAAAAAUGAAAUAAAUAUUGAUGAAGAAUGGAAGAAAAAACAUGAAUAUAUUUUUAAUAAGAAUAAAUUAAAAAUACCUAUAAGCAAACAUAAUUAUGAAUUUAUUUUAUACGGAUUAAAUGAGUCUAGUUUAAGAAAAAAAGUUCUUCAUAUACUCAACAUUCCAUAUAAAAAUAAAAAUUUAAAUAGUGAUGUAAUAAAUAUAUUAAAAAAAAGAUAUGAAAUAGCAAAUAAAUGUGGUUAUAAUAAUUGGAGUCAUUAUUCUAUAUCUCAUUUUACAAGUGAAAAGAAUAAUUAUAACAAUUUAAAUGAAUUUUUCAAUUUAAUUAAAACAAAAAUAGAUAAAGACAAUCAUAAAAUAAACUUUAAUAUGAUGAAAUUAUUUAAUUUAAAAAAAAAAAAUAAUUGUUUGAAUAAUAAUUAUGUUGACAAUAAUAUUAAUAAUAAAAUAGAUAUAUAUGAUUGGUAUUAUUACUAUAAUAAAAUGUCUAACAAAUCAGAUGAAUAUUUCAUAAAUACCUUUUUUCCACAAAAUAGUGUUUUAAAUAAUUUUAUUCAAAUAAUUUCAAAAAUAUAUAAUUUUUCAUAUGAAAGGGUUACAAAUAAAGAAAUAUUAAAGAAAUGGCCUAAUAAUAGUAUUAUAUAUAAAAUUAAAAGGGGAAACGAAAAAAAAAUAAAACAAAGUCUAAAUUAUGAAAAAAGAGAUAAUAUGGAAUUUAAUGAUUGUGAUUUAUUAGGAUAUAUAUAUAUAAUACCAUAUAUGAAUAUAAGAUUAAAAGAUUAUUUUAAAAUUCCAUUAAUGAAUUCUUUAUCAAGUACAUAUUUAAUAUGUAAUGGUCAUGUAUUAAUAGAUUACAAAUUUAUGCAAACUGUACCUCUUGAAAAAAAAUUAUUUAGUUCAUCAGAAAUUUUAACAUUAUUUCAUGAGUUUGGUCAUGCGUAUCAUUUGUUAUUAUUGUCAAAUAAAUAUUCUUUAUAUAAUUUUUAUAAUAUCCCUUUAGAUUAUGCAGAAUAUUUUUCACAUAUAAAUGAACAUUUAGUUAACAAUUAUAAUAUAAUAUAUAAUUUAUCAAAUAAAGAAAUAAAUAAUUCAAAAAUAAAUGAAAAUUUAUUUAAUUCCAUAAAAUUUGAUUCUUCAAGACUAUUUAACAUUUAUUUACAAUCUUUAAUUGACUACAAAAUUCAUGAUAUGAAUCCAUUUUUGUUUUUUUCAAAUAAUAAUCAACAAGAUGAAUAUGCUCUAAAUGAUUUUUAUAAAAUUAUUCAAAAUUAUCUUCCUUACAAAAUUUCUUCCUUAUAUUCAAUUCAUUCGACCAGUUUUCCUUAUCAUUUUUCUUGUUAUUAUGCUGGGUCGGUUUUAAGCUAUUUAUUGGCAGAAAUUAGAGUUAUUCUAAAUAAUUCAACUAAUGACAUAUCGUUAAAAAAAAAUAAUACCUUAAUAUCUUUUCAAAAAAAAUUUUAUAAUUUUUUAUCAAAGGAUUUUAGAGAUGAAACUUAUCCAUCCAUAAUAAAAUCUGCUUUAUCAAAUCAAAACUUAAUUUUCAAUAAAUAA